GACAGAGGAAGGGUCAAGGGCUGAAACUUAUUUCCUUUCAAACCAGCAUCUGCGGUCCCUUGUGUCUAAUUGCUGGUGGAGCAUUUGGGAAUUCCCGUUUGUAAGCCCGUGUCUAUUCUUCAAACUAUUUAAAUUUAAUUUUAGGUUAUUUUGGUUCAAAGCGAGGUCGCGAAAAAUCCGCUCAAUCAACGCAUGAAAUGGAUGAGGCGGUGCAGCGCUGGAGGACCAGCGGCGACACUGGGAGGACCGGCGCCGGGUGACAGCCUGGGCGCCCAUCUUGCCAACCGACGCCGAGUCUUCGUUCGGCAGCAGCCGGGGCGACCGCUUGUGUUCGAGCUCCGUGCUGUGUGAGGUUAUUGUGUUGCUGUUUGUGGAUUGGAACCUGGAUGACAGAUGACAACAAUUUCUCCUCUCGAUCAAAUCUCACCUAGAACUGCCUCUGCUGUCAUCGUGAGAAACAAACUGCUGGAGGAACUCAGUAGGUGUGAACUGAAUUGUCAGCAGGACCGCUGAAGAAUGUCUCGGCCACAAGCCCUAACACUGACUGCGGCCACGCUACUGGGUACAGCUGUAGGCUGCCUUUACUUGUGGAGAAUCUUCAGAAGCCCCAAAGGGAAGCGGGCUCUAACUAUUCAGAAUGGAGAGGCUGUGAAGGGACAAGAAAGGACCUCACCAAGUGGUGGACAGGAGGCCUGCCAUCUAACCAGCACAAAUGAUUCCUUAAAUCCCAGCCCACUGGUGAGGAAGAUACUGGCAGGAUGUGUCUUCAUAGUGGAGUCAGAAGUGGAUUGGGAACAAGCAUGGCCACUGUUGAGGACUGAAUUGGACCAUUAUCCUGUGAUUGGGAUUGACUGUGAGUGGGUUUCUGUGAAGGGUAAGGCAAACCCUGUGUCUCUCCUUCAGAUUGCCUCCUACACUGGGUCCUGCUUUCUCAUCCGCAUACCACAGAUGACCAAGAGUAGUUGUUUGUUGCCAAAGACUUUACUGCGCAUACUUGGGGACGACAAUAUACUGAAGGUUGGCGUUGAGGCCUUUGAAGAUGGCUGCAGGUUGCUUCGUGAUUACUGUGUCACAGUUAAGGGCUGCUUGGAUGUGCGAUUUUUGGUCACCCACCAGAGGAUGGAUCAUUUGACUUGUUCCCUCAGCUUGAAGUCCUUGGCUCAAGAUAUCAUAAAUUUUACCCUUGACAAGUCUCUCCAUCUGCGAUGUAGCAAUUGGGAGGCAGAAGAACUCUCAAACGAUCAGGUAUCCUAUGCUGCACAUGAUGCCCAGGUGUCUGUGGCUCUCUUCUUUCACCUACUGGGAUUCAGCUGCACAUCACAAGAAGAUGCCACCUCGUCUCGGUGUGAACCCAGCUGGCAGCAGGUACUGGCAAGGUGCCAAGGCCUGCUUGAUAUCCCAUUUAAGAGCAAGAUGGGUGGAGGUGGUGAAGGGGAAGUGGGAACCGGCGAAACAAACUCUCAGCAGAGACGCCGAAACAAGAGGCUUGGAGCCAGUCCGAAAUUGCCGUCGGAUGUGACUACCUCAGACCCAAGAAAAACGCAGCGCAAACCCCUUGGGGUUGGAUAUUCCGCCAGGAAAUCGCCACUAUAUGACAACUGUUUCCUCCACGCCCCAGAUGGACAACCUCUCUGCACCUGCGACAAGAAGAAGGCUCAGUGGUACAUAGACAAGGGCAUUGGGGAGCUUACCAGCACAGAGCCUUUUAUUGUGAAGUUGAAGUUUGAGCCUUCAGGAAGACCGGAGUCUCAGCAAGACUAUUACCUGAUAACCAAGGAGAAUCUGUGUGUCGUAUGCGGCAAAAGAGAGUCUUACAUCAGGAAGAAUGUUGUGCCCCAUGAAUACCGCAAGCACUUUCCAGUUCAGAUGAAAGACCACAAUUCCCAUGACGUUCUCCUCCUGUGCACUGCCUGCCACGCUGCUUCAAACUGUUACGACAACAUCCUAAAGCAGCAACUGGCCCAGGACUUCAACGCGCCUAUCGGUUGCGAAGAGAGCGUCCGGUUACUGGAGGACCCAGCCCGCAGGCAGGUGCGAUCCGGAGCCCGGGCCUUGCUGCAUGCCGACAGCCUUCCUGACUCUCGGAGAGAUGAACUGCAAUAUACCCUAAAGGCCUUCUUUAAUGUGGAGACAUUGACUGAUGAGUUGCUUGAGGAAGGAGCAGCACUAGAAACCAGGAUAUUCAACGAGAACCAUAUCCCCCACGGUCUGAAGGUGACACAGUCCUGUGCAAUUGGCGGGCUCCGAGCCUUGAUGUCUUUGGAGAAACGCUGGCGACAGCACUUCCUGGACUACAUGCAGCCCCAGCACCUUCCACCCUUGUGGUCUGUGGACCACAAUCACAAAAAGCUCCUCAGCAAGUAUGGAGAAGAUUUAACGGUUGAGCUGACGUGAAAUGAGUUAUAUGCCAUCAAUCUCAAUUUUAGUAUCUUUUUACAAAAACUCCUCAAGAUUAUGAGCAGUGAGAUAUAUGAGAAUUCAUGUAUCAAUCAGCUUGUAAGGUACCGGAAAGAACAUACGUUUUUGAAAACUUUUCAAGGACAUGCUAGUACUAAAACAUUUAAACGGCACCAUGAAGCAUUUAGAUUUAAGAGGCUUGCUAUGAAAAUAUAACACCCGUUUAAUACUUCAUGUCAAAUUAAGAUUUCUAACAAAAACUAAAUAGGAUUCUUUUUUUUAAUAAAAUGUUUGCAUGGGAAAAACAGAGUCUUUUGCUUGGAAGAGACACCAAUUUGCAAUGUUUGGACUAUGUGAGGAGUGAUUUCUGUUGUUAUCGUGCUGGGUUAAUUCUGUGGGCUUGUCCUACUUAGUUUUGGAUAUUAUUGAUGCUAGCCAUUAACCUGGGCAAAACUCAACAGAAUGUGGAUGGGCAUCUCAGAUUCUGCAGUGUCCCAUAUUCACAGCCAGUUUGCAACUUCAGCUCUUUGGUGUGUCAUCUGUGCCAAAAUAUAUGAGUAAAAAUAGUUUGGUUAUACAGUAUGUCACAAACUGAAAACUUCAGUGCAACAAUGUCCUUUCCAUUUUGCUUAGCAUUGUGUUGCUGUAGAGUAAGGUAUCUUCAGGAAAGCUAUCUUGUCAGUUGUCCACCUGUCCUGCCCAGCACAUCUUGGAUCAACACUGACUAGGGUUGGUGCAUGUACAUCGGUUCUCCAUCUCUGUCGCAAACUCAUGACACACUGAAAGCAUCACACUAGAGCCUUCAAUAACUAAAUGCAGCUGCUUUAUAAUACCAAACAAAAUCAUGCCUGGAUGUUUUUGCAAACUCCUAUCAACCAUCAGCAGAUGUACCAUAUGAACAAAUGUUGUGUGAGACAUUAAAGAACAUAAUUUUCAUAAUCUUGUUCUCUCCUUACUUCGAAUAUCACAACUGGAAAAUAACAACAAUAAUGUGUGCUCCUUUAGGAGCUUUACCAUCCUGGGAGGUCAACAAAUCAGGCACGUGCCGUUAGGAUAGGCAAGGUAGGCAGUGCCUACCCUGAAUAAAAUUAUAAAAUGGAA